CUCAAUUGUGGGAUCUGAGCACUGUACAUUCUUGACAGUGCAAUCUUGCAAAAAUUUCUAUAUAUUUUACUUAGAGGAUCGCCAAAAGCUGAUUCACCAAAAAUGAAGAUUUUUGAAUGGAUGCAAAACAGGAUCAAUGGGAGCAAUGGAAAAAAGAAACAAAGUGGCUCAAUUUCAACUACUAGUAAUUACAAUAUGAGGCAUGAACCUUGCAAACAAGAGUUCAGUGACUGGCCUCAAGCACUCCUUGCUAUCGGAACAUUUGGGGGAAACAACUUGAAAGAAGAUUCGGGUGGAAGGAGUAACAACACCGCAGAGGAUUCGUCUUCCUUUCAGGAUUGCACACAAGAGAUCACUCUUGAAGAUGUUGGCAAUCUUCAGAAUGAGUUCAGCAUAUUCUUUAAGGGGCCAAAUUUGGCAGGUGAACAAGAAGAACACACCAAUGAUCUUAUCAAAGAAAAUGAGUCUCCUUGUGAUGGCUCCAAUGUUAGCCGUGGUAAUUUCUGUCCAAGCAAUAGUAUAAUAUUCAGCAGGGGAAAAGAUUGUAGUUUGGAUCAUAGCAGUAAGAAAGGUGUUGGGAAGAAAUCACUUUCUUUUCUUCUUAAGAAGAUGCUUGCUUGCAAAAGUGGAUUUCAACCUACCCCUUUGUUCAAAGAUCUACUUUCCACUGAGUCCAGAAUGGAAAAGAUUUUGAGGGCAAUACUUCACAAAAAGAUAUAUCCCCAAGGUUCAUGUUCAACAACACCGUUUGUAAAGAAGUAUCUUGAAGCCACACCAAUUUCUGAUGAUGGGGAGGAUGAUGAUGAUGAAGAGGAGCUUGCUGCUGCUGCAGCAGAAAAUGGAUGUAAAUGGGUCAAGACUGAUUCUGAAUAUAUUGUUCUUGAGAUAUAAUUGGCUUCUUCUCCUGUACAAUUUUGAUUAUACUUGCUCAACUUUGCACAUGGAAGAUAGUAUAGCAUAAACAUCAUGCAAGAUGAAGUAGUGUACCUACUCUUUUGGAUGUAUGAAUCACGCCAAGGAAAAGGUGACAAAACUGGAAGAAGAAUCGGGAAGAAAGUUCUAUACUUAAAAAACUUUGUAGCACAUGAAUGUCAGAGAACAUAAUUCCAGCUUCAUACAGGAGAGAGAUCUUAACUUCUAUAUUUGUAAUAAAGUGUGAUUAAUUCAACAAUAACAAGCUUUUCUUUUUCUUUUUCUUUCAAGCUUUGAAGGUUUACUGUAUUAUGGUGUUAAAGCCUUGUGGACGAUAAAUUAUUACAUGGUCCGACACCACCUUGUAUUUAUAA